AUGGAGGAUACGGCAGCUGGAUUCAAUGGCUUGCCCCAACGUAUGGCACGACCGGCGAAUGAGCUGAAACUGCGGUGUACGGAGUUGGAUGAGCACGGCAAUGUGACAAUGGUUAGCGGGGAGUUCAAGAAGACCGAAUUGAUCGCAAAGUAUGGCCUCUUGCCUCGCGAUCUCCGCAAGAUCGAUUCCUCACUCCUCCCGAACAUCCUGGUUCGUCCCUCCGCUAUCCUGAUCAACCUCCUCCAUAUUCGCGCGCUCAUUAAGCACAACCGCGUGCUCGUCUUUGACGCCUAUGGGACAACGGAUUCGAAAUCACAGUCUGUCUUUAUGUACGAUCUAGACCUGAAGCUGCGCCAGAAGGAGUCACAUAUGAACGGCACGCUACCCUACGAAUUCCGAGCCCUCGAAGCAGUUCUCAUUAGCGUAACGUUGAGUCUGGAAAAGGAGUUUGAAGGCGUCAGCGAGCCCGUGGUCAGGGUGUUGAUGGAGCUUGAAGAGGACAUCGAUCGAGACAAGCUUCGCUACCUACUCAUUUACUCCAAGAAACUAGGUUCCUUCGAGCAGAAGGCACGUCUCGUCAGAGACGCCUUGACCGAGCUCCUCGAAGCGGACGACGAUCUGUCCGCCAUGUACCUCUCCGAGAAAGCAGAAGGCAAAAUCCGCGACGAGCACGACCACACCGAAGUCGAAAUGCUACUCGAAUCAUACCACAAGGUGGCUGACGAAAUCGUACAAGCGGCUGAGAACUUGGUGUCUAGUAUUCGUAACACCGAGGAAAUCGUCAAAGCAAUUCUCGACGCCAACCGCAACUCCCUCAUGCUGCUCGAUCUCAAGUUCUCCAUCCUCACCCUCUCCAUCACCGCCGGCACCUUUGUCGCCGCCCUCUACGGCAUGAACCUCAAGAACUUCAUCGAAGAAUCCGAGAUCGGCUUCUUCGGCAUCUCUGCCUGGUGCACUAUCUUCGGCAUGAUGGUCGCUGCCUACGGCCUCACGAAGCUGCGCAAGGUCCAGCGCGUGAGCAUGUGGGGCCAGGGCCUCGGUGCGACGAGCCCGAAGGGCGGCUGGGGUCUAGGCGCUUGGGGCGGGAGAAGCGUGCGAGGGCCCGAUUGUGAGACUGGACUAGGAGUGCCGCGCUUAAGAGCGGGAGAAAGCCUGGGCGAUCUAAUUGUGAGGGAGCGCGCGCUGGCGAGGAAGCUAGCGAAGGCCGAGGCGAAGGCUGAUGAAGUGGCUCGGAGCGGUGGAUAG